AUGGCCAACAAUGCUCCACUGAUCCCUGAUCUACUGGAAAGCAUCACAGAAAAAUCUACACCUGGUGGGCAGAUUUUGGCAGAGAGUAAACAGAGAAGCUCCUCUGACAAUAUCAACUCUCCACAGACAAGUGACAACACCUGCAUACCCAAGGACUUCAGCUGCAUAUACAACAAAGAUCUACUCCCUGCUCUCAGUGGUGAGGACACAACCAAAAGUUUCUUCCAAGAGCUGGUGAACAUUCUCCUCAGCUAUGUCUGCAAGUCGUUCAGACGGAGCUCCAAAGUCCUGGACUUCCACCACCCUCACCAACUCAGAGAGGGCCUGGAGGGCUUCAGUCUGGAGCUCCCAGACCAGCCCGAGAACCUGGAACAACUCCUGGUCGACUGCAGGGACACCUUGAAGUAUGGAGUCAAAACAGGUCACCCACGCUUCUUCAAUCAGCUGUCAUCAGGGCUGGAUGUCAUCGGUCUGGCCGGGGAAUGGCUGACGUCUACCGCCAACACAAACAUGUUUACAUAUGAAGUGUCCCCGGUGUUCAUUCUGAUGGAGGAGAUUCUACUGAAGAAGAUGCAGGAGAUUGUGGGUUGGUCAGAGGAAGAGGGGGAUGGAGUUUUCUGUCCAGGUGGGACCAUGUCCAAUCUGUACAGUGUACUACUGGCCAGAUACCACUUCUUCCCUGAAGUGAAGACCAAAGGGAUGACUGCUCUGCCCAGGCUAAUCCUCUUCACAUCAGCACAUAGUCAUUAUUCAGUCAAGAAAUCUGCAGCAGUCCUUGGGAUAGGAAGUGAAAAUGUUGUGGUGGUGAAAUGUAAUGACCGGGGAAAAAUGAUCCCUGCAGAAUUGGAGUCAAGUAUCAUUACUGCCAAAGAUCAGGGUUGUGUCCCAUUCUACGUCAAUGCCACAGCAGGCACCACUGUGUACGGAGCCUUUGAUCCUCUCAAUGCCAUCGCAGACAUCUGUGAGAGCCAUGGACUCUGGCUGCAUGUUGAUGCAGCCUGGGGCGGAGGACUGUUGAUGUCCAAGCGGCACCGUGUGAAACUACAAGGGAUUGAACGAGCCUGGUCUGUGACUUGGAACCCUCAUAAAAUGAUGGGUGCUCCGCUGCAAUGCUCAGCCAUACUGGUGAAGAAAAGGGGCCUCUUGAAAGACUGCAAUCAGAUGUGUGCUGAAUACCUUUUCCAAACUGACAAGCACUACGACACCUCUUAUGACACCGGAGACAAGACCAUUCAGUGUGGCAGGCAUGUUGAUGUCUUCAAGCUCUGGCUCAUGUGGAAGGCCAAGGGUUCAGAAGGCUUUGAAUCACAGGUCAAUAAAUGUUUGGAAAAUGCUGAGCACUUGUUUGACAAUCUCAAACAAAGACCAGACUUUGAACUGGUCUUCAAAAGCGAACCUGAACACAGCAACGUGUGCUUCUGGUACAUCCCACCAAGUCUGAGGAACAUGUCACCAGGUCCUGAGAGGAACAGGAGACUCCAUGAGGUGGCACCAAAGAUCAAAGCCAAGAUGAUGGAGCAGGGGAUGGCCAUGAUUGGCUAUCAGCCGCUCGGAGACAAAGUUAACUUCUUCCGAUGUGUCUUCUCCAACCCAGCCACACAGACCGAGGAUGUGGACUACCUGUUGGAGGAGAUCGCUUCUCUUGGUCAUGACAUCUGCAUCAGGACUGAAACCGAUUUGUGAAUCAGGUUUGAGACCACUUUAUGAAUCAGAUUGUGGCUCAGAUUAAAUGUAAAUCAUGCAUUUAGAGGGAAAAGGGUAAAAACAAUCAGAAAACUAAAUAUAUCUCUAAAUGUUUUGUUGUGUAAUUACAGUCCUUCUUAUGUAAAAAUAUAUACAAAUAUGAUUUUUCUAUUCCAGAGUAUCAGGGAAUUUUUAUAAUGUAGCCAGUUCAUUUCUACAUUCAUUUUAUUUGUGUACAACAAUAUUGUAGCCUAUAUAGUGCAUUUGGAAAGUAUUCAGACCCCU